CCUCGCUUUUACUUUUGUAUAUAAAAGGUGUUCUUAGGCAUCUGUCAAAACUCAAUAAAUGGCCAUGUGAAUUUAUUCGAAGAAUAAGUCUAAAAUAAGCCUCAUUUGGAGUUAAAAAUAUGGCGGAGCUACAGCUUAUAGAGCCAACUGAGUUAUACAAUAUUUUGAACCAGGGUACACGAUACCCAGCCCUGAGUGAUCCAAAUUACCUUCUUCUUUUAGAUGCCAGAAAAAAGCAUGAAUAUAAUGAAAGCCAUAUAGUCACAGCUAAAAAAGCUCCUAAGAAUGAAGCAGAUGAAUUUGUGGUACCAUAUGAUGCUGAACUGGAGUGCAAACAGCAUGUAAUUGUGUAUGAUGGCAACACAAGGUCUCUGAAGGAAGAAUCUGAUGCAAUAUCUUGUUCUAAAAUCAUGUCUGAAAUGGGAAGUAGGCAUCCAGUGAAAAUAUUAAGAGGUGGAUAUGAAGAUUUCUCAGCUCUCUAUCCAUUCUUGAGGACACAGAAGAUUCUUUUUAUGCCACGAGAAAUGGAUGAAAUGAAGACAUUUCCCAUUGAGAUAAUGCCCGGGCUACUAUAUGUUGGAAAUGCCAGACAGGGUAAUGCUGCAUAUAUUCAGAAAGACCUCAAAGUGCAAGGACAUAUAAACUGCUGUGUAGAAGCUGGAGAAUUUUUCAGUAAGGAGGGGCCACAAUUGAUGCACAUACCAGUUGAGGACUCUUGCGAUGCAGACCUUUACUCAAGCUUUGAGAAAGCAUGCCAGUUCAUAGAUUCAUAUAAAGAAGCUGGUAAGGUGGUGUUAGUCUAUUCAACACUAGGAAUCAGUAGAGGUGUUACCAUAGUGAUGGCUUAUCUCAUGAAUAAUUAUAAAUGGAGUCUGAAGGAGGUUUGGGACCAUGCCAAAAAAUGUUGCACAAGCAUCAGACCAAAUCGUGGAUUUGUAGAGCAGUUGUCAAAAUGGGAAGUUGAACUUUUUGGAGAAAAACUAACAAAUAUUGAUGACCCUAAUUUUUAACAAGCUAAUAGCUGGACAUUCUGUAUCUACAGUAAUACAAUAAUGUAUGAUAAAACAGAGACUGGAUUUACUGUAUCAGAUUUGUAUGGGGUUACAAAAUUGGUCUGUAUCCUCAAUACUUUUAAAACUGUAUUUUUAUUUUUGUAUGUAUAUAAUAUACUAUGUAGAUUAUUUGAAAAAAUGUAAUGUUUAUGUCCUAGUUUUUGUAAGUUGGUCUGUUCUAGGACUAGAAUGUGGGUCAUGAUAAAAUGAAUUUAUUGUUUAUGGUUCAGUUCAUAUGCAAAACCCGG